AUGACUCGUCUCUCUGCACGCCGUCGGGGCCUGGCUGCGGCGCCGAUCGACCCCGAGGCGGGAGGGAAACGCACACAUGUAAAAUGGGACGCCCCGAGCGGCGUCGAGGGCCUGUCGCUCCAGGGUCUCCUGGAGCGAGAGGUCAAAGCACGGCACGCUCCGGACCGCGCGGCUCUCGCGCGCGAGCUCAAAAACGAUUUCGAGUGUUUCACGAUGAGCCAGAAAGCCAUCUGCGAGCGCAUCAAGGACACGAUCCACGACAAGGCCGCGGCGACCAUCGCCGCGCCGCGCGCGAUCCCGACCGCCGCCGCGCCGCGCCGCGCCGCGGCGCCCUUCGCCGCGACGCCGGCCGCGCCCGCCGCCGCGGCGCGUGCCGCGGGCGCGCGCGUCGCAGCCCUCCGCGCCUUCUACCCGUUUUUGAAAGCGGUCCAGGGUCACGACCUGCAAGCCGUCCGCGCGACGGUCGCGAGCAUCGGUGAGUCCCCCGAGCUCAAGUCGUCGAUCCUCGAGAUCGCGCAGGCAGGCGCGCUGGAGCAGCACGUGCUGCAGCAAGAGAGCCUCGGCAACUUGUUCUACGGGUCGUUCGAGGUCGAGUUCGGCGGGAUUUCAAAAUCAUCGACGACAUGGCAGUCUCCAACGUCCACUGCAUGCUCAUCUUGA